GUCGAUCGAAGCAUCAAAACAUAGAGUACCCUCUUGCGGUGUGCACAAACAGCGGUCAUCUUACUAGUUCGAGCCCUACGACUUUAAUCACCCUUAUAGAACAACUAGUCAACCUCUGAUACAUAUUCUACCAUGACCGGAAACAAAGAUUGUGUCGCACAGGCUGCAAAGACCACUGCCGUUGCUGGUGGAGCUGGUCUCUUUGUUUCAGCUAUCCAAAACACCAUGGGCAAACAUACUGAAGGAGCCAAGGGCAUCUUCACCCGAACUGGAGGCACUGUUGGUUUCCUCGCUGCAAUGGGUGGUGUUUUUGCUCUUACAGAAUGUGCCGCUGAAGGCAUCCGUGGCGAGAGCGACCCAUACAAUGCUGGUAUUGCUGGUUGUGCUGCUGGUCUCGUAGCUGGUGUCAGAGGUAUGGAAAUAACGCUUUCCUAAUAUGACCAUCCUUGAAUUCUUCAUUUCACUUACUGAUGGUCUUCUCUAUUUAGCUCACUCAAUCGCUACCAUGUGCGCAGCGUGCGCUGGUGUUGGAGCAACCAUGUUCGCCUACGAAUAUGCUGGUGGUAACUUGAAGGGAACGUUAGUCGACAUGUCUGAAGAAGACAAGAAGGCAUGGCGAGAUUCGUUCUUCAAGAAGAACAAGCAGACAGAGGAGGCAUAAGGUCUAUCUCUCAUUAUAUAAACGGUUCUUUCUUUGAUACAAUACCAUCAACCCCCUCCUAAAAAAAAAUUACAAUCAAAAAAAUACAGUUUUUGUCAAUUCUUAGACGCAUAAUAUCGCGAACGUU